AAUGUCAACUCUAUUAUUUGCUAUUAUAUUAUUUGCCAUGGCAUUGGCAUGAGCUUACCAGUUUGGCGGCGGUUUGUUUUCUCAACAUUUUAUAGCAAAACUAACACAAAUACUACAAAAUGGCAGGUGUUCUAUUCGAAGACAUAUUCAACGUGAAGGACAUGGAUCCCGAGGGCAAAAAAUUCGACCGCGUCAGUCGUUUACACUGUGAAUCAGAGUCGUUCAAAAUGGACCUGAUUUUGGAUAUUAAUUCGUGGAUAUAUCCGAUGGAGCUGGGUGACAAGUUCCGGCUGGUGCUAGCGACUACAUUACGGGAGAACGGGUACCCGGACGGCGGGGAGUGGAACCCGCUGGACACGGAAGGAAAUCGCGCGGAUAGCUUCGAAUAUGUCAUGUCGGGCAAAGUUUAUAGGAUAGAAGGUGAUGAGGCAGCGAUGGAGACAGCGUCCCGCCUGGCCGCCUACGUGUCGUUCGGGGGCCUGCUGAUGCGGCUGCAGGGCGACGCUAACAAUCUUCACGGCUUCGAGGUCGAUCAGCAUAUGUACCUGCUUAUGAAGAAGCUUGCUUUCUAAAUGAGUCAUAAAAACUAUGAGGGCCAAUUUUUUGAGGUCGGUCUUUUUGGAUUAUUUUGUUAAAAUUUGGUGGUAAAGUUCCCUAUUCUGUACAGUAUAAAUGUAAUAUUACCGUAUGUCCUAAAAAAGAUAUCUGAGUUAUGAAAAAGUAUGGUAUUUUCCAAAGCUUGGAAACCGUUCCAAACCGUUAACAUGUACUUGACACAAAACCUUAUAAUUUCGAUUUCGCUCGAAAAACCAUUAUUUUUAAACCGGUUUUUAUGAGAACAGUUCUUGUCAAAUUAACCGGUUUAGAGUAAUAAAAACCAGUUUCUUCCUAUGUCGGUGUCGAUGUUUACGUGGCAUACCACCAGACCGGCCGGCGGUUUCGUCGCUCGUAAAAUAAACCGGUUUUUUUAAGGUUACCAUAAAACAUUCGUGUUUUUAUAAAAAUUCGGAGGAAAACCGUAAUAAACCGGUAUUUACUGGUAUUUUAUAAACCGGUUCCCAGCCUUAAUAUUUUCGUAACACAACACAUACUUACAUACAUUUUCGUCAGUACAAAAUUUUUAAUUGUGUUUAUCCCGCCAAGAAUGAAAACCUCUACAAACCAGCCAAAUUUUAUUCAAAUCUAAUAGGAAAAAUCGACCACAAAAUAAAAAUCAGCCCGUUAGGCGGAUGAUUGGCUAAGUGUAUGGACAAUUAAUUUUAUAUGGGUGUGAUAUAGUACAUUGAAACUUGUUUUUCUAUGCCAGAAACUAAAAUGACAGGUUGGUUGGCCAAGUUACUUCCCAAUUCUUGUACCAGUUUUGUACUAAAUGACAGUAGAAUUUCAGUAUCUUGGCCGAUUCUUAUCUUAUUGUCGACUGUUUUUGUUAGAUUUUUAUAAAACUUGGCUGGUUUGAAGAGGUUCCGAACAAAAUUAAUGUCAUUUUUCGGUGUUACAAAGGCGCCAUUAAUUUAUUACGUAAGACGAUUUAGGGGGGGGGGGGGGGGAUCGAACAUGUCUUAUUUUUGCUUGCAUAAGGGUAGGAAGGGGUCAAUAACUGGCAAUAAUAUAAUAAUUGUUUUACGUAAUAGAUGAAUGGCCCCAAAACUAACACAUUUUUUGUCACUCAGGAGAACUCAUCUAUCCACCAAAUUUUAUCGAAAUCUGUCGAAAAAGAAUAUUCGACAACAAAUAAAAAAUCUAGGAUAUAAAAACGAGGUUUAGUUAAAUCAAAGAGAAUUUGAAAUAGAGGUGGAUUGCCGAAGAAAAUUUUGUAGCCACUAUAAAUUUACUGCUAUCUUUCGACACGUGAUUAAAUCUUUUAGAACGCCAUUUGACUUCGAUCCUUAUUCUUUGACUGAUACGUGUUAAAUUUGUUAAAUAUAUAAAAAAUGACGCCAUAAGCCCAAAGGCAUGGCGGCAUCGUUCCGAGAGAUGACGCCAUAACCUUUAGGUUUUGAUAUUUAAUAAACUUAACACAUAAUAAUGAAAGAAUAAGGAUCAAAGUCAAAUGGCAUUCUAAAAGUUGUAAUCAUGUGUCGAAAGAUGACAGUAAAUUUACUUUGGCUACAAAGUUCUCUUUCACAAUCCACCUCUAUUUCAAAUUCUCUUUGGUUAAACUAUAUAAACUUAUCCUUAUGUGUGAUCCUCACAUCUUUAUUUUGUAAGGUUAAUAUAAUAAUUAAAUCGUAUAUUUUUA